CCCUCUCUCGUCGGAAUCUGGAUCCCACGGGCUUUGUCUUGUCCUGUUGAAUAGUUCUCGGACCUGAGCAGAGGCCGGGAUAUAGCGGUUUCGUGUGACUUUAUUCCCAGCGAGCUUUGUUAUCGCCCACCAUGGUCGCCGACACCAGUUACUACGAUGCCUUGGGCGUGCCCCCGACAGCCACCGAGCUGGAGAUCAAGAAGGCGUACCGCAAGCUAGCCAUUACGACUCAUCCUGAUAAGAACCCCGGUGACGAGACGGCGCACGCCCGAUUCCAAGCGAUCGGUGAAGCCUAUCAGGUUCUCAGCAAUGAAGAGCUGCGGACGCGUUAUGACAAGUACGGCAAGGAAGAUGCGGUUCCCGGUGGUGGUUUCGAGGAUCCCUCGGAAUUCUUCAGCAUGAUCUUCGGUGGCAGCGCGUUUGUCGAUUUGAUCGGUGAGAUCUCGCUCAUGAAGGACCUCACGGCGACCAUGGACAUCACGAUGGAGCAGAUGGAGGAAGAGGAGCUUGCUCAAGCGGCCGAGGAAAAGCUGCACAUGCAUGAAGAAGGCGAGACACCCGAACCUGCUUCUGCAUCUGCUUCUGCAUCUGCGUCUGCGUCUGCGUCUGCGUCUGCGUCUGCCGAAGCAUCGCAUGAGACCACUACGACUGCCGAGACCAAGGCGCCUGCUGCUGCUGCUGCUGCUGCUGCUGCGGAGAGCUCCGGGCGGACAUCUGGAACCAGCACGCCGCGCCGGUACCUAGGCCAACAGGCGAUCAUGGACAAGUCCGAGGAAGAAGCGCGGAUGGAGGCAGCUGGACUGUCUGCGGAGGAGAAGGAGCUGCGCAAGAAGGAGAAGAAAAAGGGGGGCCUGUCGAAGGAGCAGCAGGAGAGGCUGGCGGCGUACGAGCUGGAGCGCAAGAAGGCGCGCGAGGAGCGGGUGAGCACUCUGGCGCGCAAGCUGGUGGACCGGAUCAGCGUGUGGACGGAGACGGACAAGGGGCCCGAUGUGACGCGGGCGUUUGAGGAGAAGAUCCGGCUGGAGGUGGAGAACCUGAAGAUGGAGUCGUUUGGGCUGGAGAUCCUGCACGCGGUCGGGGCGACGUACACGCAGAAGGGGACCUCGUUCCUCAAGUCGCAGAAAUUCCUGGGCAUCUCGGGCUUCUUCUCCCGGCUAAAGGACAAGGGCACGCUGGCCAAGGAGACAUGGACGACCAUCUCGACGGCAAUUGACGCCCAGAUGACCAUGGAGGAAAUGGCCAAGAUGGAGGAACGCGGCGGCGACGACUGGACCGACGAGAAGAAGGCAGAGUACGAACGCAAGGUGACGGGCAAGAUCCUCGCCGCCGCCUGGCGCGGCAGCAAGUUCGAGAUCCAGAGCGUCCUGCGCGAGGUCUGCGACCAGGUUCUCGGAGACAAACGCAUCAAGCUUGAGAAGCGCAUCGAGCGCGCGCACGCUCUAGUCCUUGCGGGGAGCAUUUACGCCAAGGCCGAACGCGACUCCGAGGAAGAAGGCGACUACAUGGCUUUUGAACAGCUGAUGGCCGAAGCCAUGUCCAAGAAGGGCAAGAAGGAGAAGAAGAAGCACGAGCAUAAGGAGGAGCAGUAGUAGCAGCGUAUAGACAUAG